GCUAGCAUAUUUGGCAUCUCUUUCAUGCAUGUAGCACCGGAGUGAUGAGCUCCACAAUGAGUUCGAAGACUUCGGGCGUUCCGGAAGCACAUCACCCAGGACUGAGACAGGAGCAGAAGCUCUUCGACGACGCCUGGAAGCAGCAGGGCACGGUGGACCUGGAGCGCUCCGGUCUCAACGUGGGAUUCUCCGACUCCGUUUCGGACGCUGAGAGCAGUGGCUCUGAAUCUACCCGGGGCGCUGUGGGCAAGGCCGUGCAGAACUUCUUUUGGGCCGAGAUGAAACACAAGGUGGUGAAGAAGACGAGGCACCUGGCCCUCGCCACCCGGACCUUGGUGCAGGCCCAUGGGCCUCCCACCGCCUCCGCCGCCAGCGCCGGGAAGGGCAAGCUGAACACCAAGUUCGACAAGCGAGUGGCCGGCAAGCUGCAGAGACUCGAAAGCCAGUUGAGCCGCCAGACCCGGGAGACCUCGCUCAUCAAGGAGCACGCCAAGCUGAAGCUUCUGGAGACCUCUGCGCCCAUGCGCGCAGAGCUCAUGGAGAAGCUGCGGGAGCUCAUGAAGCAGCGGAUGACGAUGGACCGCGAUAUGUGGAACUGCGUGAAGUCCUUUCUCUACUCCAUGGUGGACAGCGUCUGGGAGGAUGUAGAGAAGGAGAUCGAGCUGAACGUGGAGUUGGCGUGGCUGAAGUCCGACCGCGCCACGAAGCAAAAUGGGCCCGUCACCAGUUGGCGCUGCUACGACUGGCUGCGCCGCAAAGUGCUGCGCCACUACCUCCCCUACGAUCGCUCCAUCUUCGGCAAGCUGAAGAAUCCUUUGUACCUGGCGCUCACCCUGACGAUGCUGGUUCCCAACGCCGGGUUUCGCGUCAGCGUCUUGUCGGUGAUCCUGGGCUUCAUUCUGGUGCCCGGGCCGCCGGAUGAGUUUCAGCUCAUCAACUUCAUCCUGCUGUCCAAGGGGACCCAGUUCAUCACAGGAGGCUUGGUCAGCAUGGGUCAGGGCGCCGCCAUCUACUUCGGUUGCUUCAACUGGUCGGAGGAUCACUUGACCGACUGCAUCGCAAACCGCGGGCCUGGGAAGGUGUCCUCCCUGACGGGUGAGCUCGCGGACUACCUGGGCUCCGUCCUGCUGGUCUGGGUUGCUUUCCUGGCCCUGCCUUUCGCGCAGGAGCACCGCCAGCAAAAGCGGGAGUCCACUCGCCGGAACAACGCCGCGGAGUCUUGCGAGAGCCCCAAGCGGAAGUUCGGAGGGCGCCUAGCGAAUCUGCUGCGUUACGACGUGGGGUGUUUCAUGCUGUCUCUGCUGGUGCUCUUUACGCUUACGGCGGGGAACCUGGAGAAUAGAGAGACGGAAGUGCACGCCUCGGCUUACCGACACUUCCAGGAGAAUAUCUUCUGGUGCAAAGUUCUGUACUCCUUGCUUUCGAUGCCUUUCUCUUUGUUUACCAUACAGCCCUUGCAACAAGUCUUGACGCAUACUGCGCCCACCGGUUUCAAUGAGUUUGGCGCCUGCGUGCCUUUCUGCAUGCCGGAGGCAUGAGG